AUGGGUUCUGCGAGCAAAGAGUACGAGUUUCUGAGUGAGAUUGGGUUGACUUCUCACAAUCUGGGGAGUUACGUUGGUGGCAAAUGGCAAGGAAACGGACCUGUUGUGUCCACUCUCAAUCCUGCUAACAAUCAGCCAAUUGCUGAAGUUGUUGAAGCUUCUCUGGAUGAUUACGAGACAGGGAUGAAAGCUUGCGAGGAAGCAGCUAAGAUAUGGAUGCAGGUUCCUGCUCCCAAGAGAGGUGAUAUUGUGAGACAAAUUGGGGAUGCUCUAAGAUCCAAACUUGACUAUCUUGGUCGCCUUCUUUCACUCGAAAUGGGAAAGAUCCUCGCCGAAGGAAUUGGAGAAGUUCAGGAAGUAAUUGACAUGUGUGAUUUCGCUGUUGGUUUGAGCCGACAACUCAAUGGAUCAGUCAUUCCUUCAGAACGUCCUAAUCACAUGAUGUUGGAGAUGUGGAAUCCUCUUGGCAUUGUUGGUGUUAUCACAGCAUUUAACUUUCCAUGUGCAGUUCUUGGUUGGAAUGCUUGUAUUGCACUGGUCUGCGGAAACUGUGUAGUAUGUGUUGUUGUUGCGACAAACGGUGAAGUUUUAUUACCUUUCGUGUUUGGCCUAAUUGUCAUAAUGAAUACAUAUGGUUCCACAGGAAAGGUGGGUUUAAUGGUACAACAAACAGUGAGUGCGAGAUCCGGCAAAACUUUGCUUGAACUGAGUGGAAACAACGCAAUCAUAGUCAUGGAUGAUGCUGACAUACAGUUAGCCGCUCGUUCUGUUCUGUUUGCUGCGGUUGGAACCGCUGGUCAACGUUGCACAACUUGCCGUAGGCUGCUUUUGCAUGAGAGUGUCUAUGACAAAGUACUCGAGCAGCUCAUUACUUCAUACAAACAAGUCAAAAUCGGUGAUCCUCUUGAGAAAGGGACAUUGUUAGGACCACUACAUACUCCUGAAUCCAAGAAGAACUUUGAGAAAGGAAUCGAAGUAAUCAAAUCCCAGGCAAGUACUACAAUAGUUUUCUAUGCUUUGCUGAGUAAUCAAGAACUGCUAAAAGAGUUUAAUAAACCUUCUCAACUUUCAACGAAAAACACCCUUUUGCUUCUGCAGGGCGGUAAAAUACUAACAGGAGGUAAAGCAGUCGAAGGUGAAGGAAACUUUGUGGAGCCUACGAUAAUCGAGAUAUCAUCAGAUGCUGCUGUUGUUAAAGAAGAGCUAUUUGCUCCGGUUCUAUAUGCUCUAAAGUUUAAGUCAUUUGAAGAAGCUGUUGCGAUAAACAACUCUGUUCCUCAAGGUCUAAGCAGCUCGAUAUUCACUCGUAAACCCGAAAACAUCUUCAAGUGGAUCGGACCAAUGGGAAGUGACUGUGGAAUUGUGAAUGUGAACAUACCGACAAAUGGAGCUGAGAUCGGAGGAGCGUUUGGAGGCGAGAAAGCGACUGGUGGUGGUCGUGAAGCUGGAAGCGACUCAUGGAAGCAGUAUAUGCGUCGUUCCACUUGUACGAUCAACUAUGGGAACGAAUUACCUCUAGCGCAAGGAAUCAACUUCGGUUAA